GUCAAGGACCGAGCAGAACAGAAGGGACUGGAAGGCGGUUACUACUCCUCCUUUCUCUUCUCUUCUACCACUGUCUUUCUUGCUCCCCCUGUCUCUUUAGUCUGUAGACGAAGACACUUUGUGGUCCAGGGGCUUGACAACACAAGAAAACAAGUGAGGAUCUUUAAAGCGUUCAGAACAAUUCUGCGGAGAUGGAGGUGCCAGGUCUAGCACACAACAUAACCAGUCCUAUGAGUCCGUGUGAGGGGAUGAUCAAGGACCUGAGCCUGGACGCCCUGCAAUUAUGUGAACGAGAUGGCAGUAAGUCCCAGGACAUCUCGGAGGUGGAGGAGCUGCCGGUGGCCCAGAACAUCAAGAUCAGCAACAUCACGUGUGACUCCUUCAAGAUCUGCUGGGACAUGGACCCCAAGGUCAAGGAUCGCAUCACACACUACUUCAUCGACCUGAACAAGAAGGAGAACAAGAACUCUAACAAGUUCAAGCACAAGGACGUCCCCACCAAGCUGGUGGCCAAGGCGGUGCCCCUGCCCAUGACGGUGCGGGGCCACUGGUUCCUGAGCCCGCGCACCGAGUACACGGUGGCCGUGCAGACGGCCUCCAAGCAGCCGGACGGGGACUACGCCGUCUCCGAGUGGAGCGAGAUCAUCGAGUUCUGCACGGCCGACUACUCCACCGUCCAUCUGAACCAGCUGCUGCAGAAGGCGGAGGUGAUCUCUGGGCGUAUGCUGCGCUUUUCCGUCUUCUACAGGAACCAGAACAAAGAGUACUUUGACCACGCCAGAGAGUCUGAAGGCGGCCGCAUGCUGCCAUCGGUGAAGGACAACAGCGGCAGCCACGGCUCGCCCAUCAGCGGCAAGCUGGAGGGGCUCUUCUUCAGCUGCAACACCGAGUUCAACACGGGCAAGCCCCCGCAGGACUCCCCCUACGGCCGGCAGCGCUUCCAGGUGCCGGCCGAGGUCCUCUUCAACCCCGGCACCAACCUGUACUUCGGGGACUUCUAUUGCAUGUACACGGCCUACCACUACGUGGUGCUGGUGCUGGCGCCGCAGGGCUCCGCCGGCGACGACUUCUGCAAGCAGCGGCUGCCCGCGCUGGACAUCGCCGACAACCGCUUCCUCACGUGCACGCGGGCGGAGGAGGAGGGCGGCGGCGGCACGGGGGGCGAGGGGGCGGGGCUUGUGUUCCGCCACGCCCAGGACGUGAACCUGGAGGUGAUCUACACCGAGCCGCUGGAGCUGGCGCGGGGCACGGUGGCGGAGAUCAGCGGGCACCAGCUGAUGAGCAUGUCCACGCUCAACGCCAAGAAGGACCCCAGCUGCAAGACCUGCAACAUCAGCGUGGGCCGCUAGGCUGACGCAGUGCACAGACGCAGACACACACACACACACACACAUCUAUAUAUAGAAAUCUCACAUACACACGCAGACAACGCAGAAUUAUACACACACAUGUGGUUGUGGGCGCAUGCAAAUGCAGAUUUAGGAGACUGGCAGAAAUGCAAAAAGACAUCACUAGAAACAUAUCUCUGACACACCUCUGUAUCCUUAAGAGACCGUCGUUUCCCGAAGAAAACUGUGGAGGAAGAGAGAAGAAAGGAAGGAAGGACUGAAGAGGAAGAUACACACAGACAGACACACGUUUGUCGCCGCAUAAUCACCGCUCUGCAGAGGGAUGCUCCUGAAAGGUCACAGCAUGACCUUGAAGUGAGGUUGUUGAACAGGGCAACAUAAAGAAACUAAACAUGAUGCAUACUAGACCGCUACCACACCCAGAUAUUAUUCUUAACGCAAAUGCAUCCGAUUUUCCACAAUCAAACCGUAAUGCCCAUGCGUCUGUCGUUCGCUAGAAACAGAUUAUGGCUAACUUCCACAAACCCUUUAACGGUACUAACCAAACGUAGACAUUCAACAGGUUAAUGCAUGUAUUCAUCCGCUUUUGUUUAAACAGCUGUCGUUUUCUCUUUUUUGAUCUGUCAUUUGCGAUCUCUCGCAAUCCUUGACCUGCUCACUCUAGUCAGCUGUCGUCAAAGUAAGCUUGUGCGUUUUAGCUCACUUUUAGCUCAUUUUAUCGUCUGUCUUUGGUGCAAAGUGUUUAAAAAUUAAUUCAGAGAAGGUUCUACUUUGUACUUGACUACCUACUAGUGGCAACGACCGGUACUACAACCUAUUUGGGUUGCAGCAUCAAGUCAUCUUUAUUUAUGCCAAAGGUAAUGGAAAAUAAGAAAAAAAAAGGACACAGAGCUCAAUGUUUGAAGGAUCAUUAGUUUCCAGUCUUUUAAGCAUGAAGCGGUUCAGUCCAGUGAUACCAGAGUGUUUAACCUGUCAGUGCCCGCCCGUAGCCACACACCAGUCCUUUGUUUCUGCUGAUAUGUGAAAGCAGAACCAUGUUCACCAGAGUAGAUGUGAAAAAAAUAUUUAUUUUUUAUUGAUAUAUCUAUAUAUUAAAAAAAUAUAAACCAGAAGUGCACAAUAUCAAUACGCUCUUAUAAAUGUCAACAAUGGCAUUUCACUUGGAAGAUAGGAAUCAAACAAGGAUAACUUUAGGGGGAAAUAAACAAUUUGACAUUGAAAUUAUUUGCACUACACUGGCAACAUCCAUUUCCAAGGUAGACGUGUCACUUGCUUCACUUCAUAUCAACUAUGAAAUCCCUAUUGCUUAUCAUAGCACAAUGUAAAACAAACACAAAUCUCAUGCACAAACAUGCUGGAUUGUCUUGAUAGAUUGUGUAUUAUUUCAGAAAAAAAAGUCCUUGCCAAGAUAGCACUUUUGAAAGGCAGCAUUUCACACUAUGUACCAUGUUUUACAAACUCUGUUUUGGCAAGACGAAUGAAGAGGGGAGGGGGAGGAAGUAACAAACAAAGUGCCAUACAAUACAGCCGCAUAGGAAGUGCUUGUAACUAAAAUGAACUUGAUGUUAUGAAGAUAUUUAGGUUGAAGCUUUUAAAAAAUAAUGGCACUGCAAAUCUUUCACCGAGAAAGAGGCGGUAUCUUUAAAAAGGGAUGUGUUCAGGAGGCUGGUGAAAAUAAUUGAGUUAGCGUUGUCCUUUUGCGAUCACUUAUGUCCUUGUCAUUGUCAUUUAAAGUGCUUAUAUAAUGAGCAUGGCAUGAGAUAAACCCAUGACGAUAUAUAUUCUCAACUUAUUUCUUAGUUGUUGUUUUUUUUAUUUCCUUAUAUGAAAAAAUAAAAGAGCUCUUUUCAAAAUAAAAGUCCCACUGUGAGUGACUCUCAACUGGUCUGGGUUGAGUCCUGUUGUUUACUGAGCAAGGCUUCCAGUAGGCGGAGCUUCACUUUGACGUUCUUGUACUGGCAGUACUCCUCGUCCAUUGGUCCACGGUCCUCCUUCUGACAAGUCCUUUAAAAAAAAGAAUAUAGAGAUUAAAAAGGGCAAAGAAGUUACUCGAAUGCAAAUAUUUUCUCUAUCAGUUUUCAGAACUGAUUGCAGCAGUUUUCAUAUCUGGUUGAUAGUCCCUGUGUUGCCUUACUCCGAUAGCUGUGUACAUUUAAAGUAUUGUAAUCAACGACCUAUUGUAUUUUACUUUGUAGAAUUGCAAAACAUGUACAGGAAAAAAAAGUGUACAGUACGUAUGCAGCUGUCUGUUUAUCGUUCUCUCUCGAAACAUCUCUCUCUGCUGUAUUAACGUCACUGUAUUCUCAUGUGGAUGUACCAUGACCACCAAACUCUUACUUUGGUCUAGCUUUCUUGUUUUCUAUGUUUUUUUUUUGGUUUGGUUUCUCAUCGCAUUGUUGAACUAUGGAAAAUACCAAAUGUUUCAAGUUGAUUCAAAGUAUUAAUUGAAAUGGAAUAAACUGUUUUA